AUGUUAUCCGCGAAUAAAAGUUUCAUUGGUAUUAUCAAACGUAAAUGGCAUCCUGGUCAUUCUAGCGCAUUCUCUCAAGAUCUUGGCAUUAAAGAUAAACCGAUAACCACGCGUUUCAUACUACGUGCUAUGUUUGAUUUUAUCUGGCCAAAAGCUGGGAAAAAAGUGAAAAUUCGUGUAUUGAUCGCCUUCUCAUUACUAUUAGUGUCUAAAUUAUUGAAUAUCAGUGUACCAUUUAUGUUCAAAUAUUUGGUCGACGAAUUAAACAAAGGUCGUACAUUAAAAGUUGAUACAACCGAAUCAGCAAUAAUAUCAAUGGUAACUGCAUUGCUUAUUGGCUAUGGCGCUGCUCGAGCUGGUUCAGCUCUAUUCGGUGAACUACGAAAUGCCAUUUUCGCCAAUGUUGCUCAUCGCAGUAUACGUGAAUUAGCUAAAAAAGUGUUUACUCAUAUGCAUAAUUUAGACUUGAGUUUUCAUCUUAGCAGACAAACUGGCGCAUUGUCGAAAGCAAUUGAUCGUGGAACAAAAGGAAUUAGUUUUAUAUUAUCUGCACUUGUCUUCAAUAUUGUACCCACAAUAUUUGAAGUUGGCCUUGUUAGUGGGAUACUUUGGUACAAAUUUGGAUUAUCUUAUGCUGGCAUUUCCAUUGGUUGCAUUGCAGGUUAUACUGCUUAUACUCUGGCUGUAACUCAAUGGAGGACGAAAUUUCGUGCUGACAUGAAUAAAGCUGAUAAUGAAGCAGGCAACAAAGCGAUUGAUUCACUAAUUAACUUUGAAACGGUGAAGUAUUUCAAUAAUGAAGCACAUGAAUUAGAAAGAUAUGAUAAAACAUUAUCACAAUAUGAAGUAGCAUCAAUUAAGACUCAAACCAGUUUAGCCAUGUUAAACUUUGGACAAAAUGCUAUAUUUAGUUUGGGUCUUACUGGUAUUAUGCUCUUAGCUGCGAGUGGGAUCGCAGAAGGAAGUAUGACUGUUGGUGAUUUAGUUGCUGUGAAUGGUCUCGUAUUUCAGUUAUCAAUGCCAUUAACUUUUUUGGGCUCCGUUUAUCGUGAAGUUAAACAGUCUGUUACGGAUAUGGAAACCAUGUUUCGAUUAACGAUGAUAGAGGCUGCAGACAAAGAAAAAGCUCCUAAACUUGACAUUAGCCAAGCAGCAUCGUCGAUUAUAUUCGAUAAUGUUACAUUUGGAUACUUGAAAGAACAAAAUAUUUUAGAUAAACUAUCAUUUGAGGUUCCAUCGGGAAAGAAAGUGGCAAUCGUGGGUGGUUCUGGAUCCGGAAAAUCGACUAUUGUUCGUUUAUUAUAUCGUUUUUAUGAUCCUCAAGAUGGUGAAAUACGUGUGAAUAAUCAAAAUAUUCAACAUGUAUCUUUAUCUAGUUUAAGAAAAGCCAUUGGUGUUGUACCUCAAGAUUCUGUUCUUUUUCACGAUACGAUACUAUACAAUAUUAAUUAUGGUAAUUUAAAAGCAACUAAAGAAGAAGUCUAUGAAGCAGCUAAAUUAGCUGAAGUUCAUAACGCUAUAAUGAGAAUGCCUAAACAAUAUGAAACAAUGGUGGGUGAAAGAGGGUUAAAAUUAUCGGGGGGUGAGAAACAACGAAUUGCAAUAGCACGAGCAUUACUCAAAGAUCCAAUUAUUUUAGUUUAUGAUGAAGCUACCGCCCAUCUUGAUACAGUAACUGAACAGGCUAUCUUAAAAUCAUUACGUAAAUUAACUAAAAAUCGUACAUCGAUUGUUAUUGCCCAUCGUCUUAGCACCGUUAUUGACUGUGAUCAUAUUGUAAUUUUGGAGAAAGGCAAAGUUCUUGAACAAGGUAGUCAUGCUGAAUUAAUGGCUAAUGAUAAAGGCUAUUAUUCAUCAAUAUGGAAUAGUCAACGAAACGGUACAACGCAGAGUGAUAAAAGCGAUGAUGCUAAACAAAAAAUUGAUAGUGAUAAAGAAACGAUAGCAUUUAUUUCUUGUCCAACAGCGUUCUAUUACAUGAAAAAAGAGCAUUCUAACAUGGACUUAACAUUGUUUGAAUAUGAUAAUCGGUUUGGCGUCGAUAAUAGUCGUUUUGUGUUCUACGACUAUAACGAACCAUUAAACAUUGAUAAAGUUUAUGAACAUUUAUUUGACUUUGUUUUGCUUGAUCCGCCGUAUUUGUCGGAAGAAUGUUUGGAAAAAGUAGCUAAAACUGUUCAAUUUAUAAGUAAAACAGAUGCGAAACAUCUUAUAUGUACUGGAAAGGCUGUAGAAGAAGAGGUUAAAAAAUAUUAUAAUGGAGCAAAAAUGCUUGUAUAUGAACCACAACAUGUUCAAAAGCUUAUGAAUCCGUUUGCAUGUUAUGCUGAUUACGAAACAAAAACAUUGAAUGUUGUAUGA